AUGCGUUACUCCAUCCUCGCUGUCGUUGUUGCCACCGCUUCCCUGGUGGCCGCCAAACCGACACCCGCGCCCAAGUGCGGCACCUGCAACCCUAUCUCAGGGCAGAACAGCUGCGACAUCACGACCUCGUGUAUCAACACGGGCUCGACCUUCCACUGCGCCUGCCGUGCUGGCUACAAGGCGUCGCAGCAUAACGGCGACCUGAACAGCCAGUUCCGUCUGCCAAUGCCGAACUAUGAGUUCCUUGUCUUCGUGCCUGAGAACACUGCUUGCGACACCCUGUGUGACAAUCCUUUCUCUGCUCCCUCUGAGCUGUGCAAGGAGGUCAAGCUUCAGAAUAAGUGCGUGGUCUAG